AUGGGUUCAACGAUGGUUUUGGCGGUGGAUUCCAGUCCAUUUACCUACAGAUUGGCUGUCUUGGAGCACGGACGAGUAUCAACUCUCGAUCUCGGCCCUAGAUGGAACCUCCUUGCUGGCGGAUGGGACUUGCUGGUUCCUGUUUUCUUGAUUUCUGGUAAAUAUUACUUAGUAGAUGCUGGUUUUGCGAAUGCGCCGGGCUUUUUAACACCAUUCCGUGGCAUUCGGUAUCAUCUAAAAGAAUUUAGGCAAGGUUGUCAACCUAGGACAAAGGAAGAGUUGUUUAAUCUUUGUCAUUCCUCAUUGCGGAAUGCUAUAGAACGCGCUUUUGGAGUAUUGAAGACACGAUUUCCCAUAUUGAAGAUUGCUUCAGGCUAUCCUUUAAAUACACAAGUCAAUAUAGUCGCUGCAUGUUGUAUCCUACAUAAUCAUAUUACCAAUGAAAAACGUGAUCAAGAGCUUGAUUUUGAAAAUAACAAUGAUAUCGGUGAUGGUGAAGAUGAAAGUGAGAUGCAUGAAGAUGAAGGUAAUGAGAGUAGUGAAGAGGAGAAUGAAUGCGACUUCCGAAAUGAAUCUGCGGUUGCUAGGACGGAAAAACAAAGAUGGAGGGAAUUUUGA